UGCGGAGCCGCCGUGUGUCUCUUUCUCUCUUCUCUGCACUUUUCCGGUGACUUUCGCCGGAAAACCAUUUUUCCGCAACCGCCGGCGACUUACUUGUCUUCGCCGGGGCGAAAUCGUAUAUUCGAAAGCUUGUUCCUUUCUAUUAGGUUGCAAAUAGAGUUUCAGACCACUGCGUGCAUGUUAAAACGGCGACGUUUUGUUACGAUAAGUAAUCGGAAGGGAGUGGGGAAGCGGCAUCGUACGAUGUAGUUAGUUUGAUUGAUCGGGGAUAUGGGAAGAGUGGUUGUCGGAGUGGCGGUGACGGUGGCGGUGGCGGCUUGUGCGGUGGCGGCGGUGGUGGUGGGGCGAAGAGUGAAGAGCAGAAGGAAGUGGAAGAAAGUGACGAAUGUGUUAAGAGAACUGGAGGAAGGGUGUGACACGACGGUUGGGAGGCUGAGGCAGGUGGUGGAUGCCAUGGCUGUGGAGAUGCACGCUGGUUUGGCAUCCGAAGGUGGUUCCAAGCUCAAAAUGCUUCUCACAUUCGUCGAUAAACUCCCUAAUGGGACCGAGAGAGGAACAUAUUAUGCUCUACAUCUAGGGGGUACAAAUUUUAGGGUCUCACGGGUUCAUUUAAGUGGUCAACCAUCUUCUGUCUUUGAACACGAAGUAGAACGUCAACCCAUUCCCCUACAUCUAAUGACUAGCACAAGCGAGGAUCUCUUUGAUUUUAUUGCGUCUUCAUUAAAGGAAUUCAUUUCCAAAGAAGGAGAUGGUUCCAAUAUUUCACCGGACAGAAGGGAACUUGGAUUUACAUUCUCCUUUCCUGUGAAACAAUUAUCUGUUUCCUCUGGCAUUUUAAUCAAAUGGACAAAAGGGUUUUCCAUUGUAGAUACGGUAGGAAGAGAUGUUGCUGCAUGUAUGCAGGAAGCAUUGUCACGAAAAGGCCUAGAUGUGCGGGUAGCUGCCUUGGUUAAUGACACUGUUGGAACAUUAGCUCUUGGGCAUUAUCAUGAUGCUGAUACUGUUGCUGCAAUUAUUAUUGGUACUGGGACAAAUGCUUGCUAUUUGGAACGAAUUGAUGCAAUUAUCAAGUGUCAGGGUCUUCUAACAACAUCAGGACGCAUGGUUGUUAAUAUGGAAUGGGGAAACUUUUGGUCAUCUCACUUACCAAGAACAUUGUAUGACAUUGAAUUAGAUGCUGAGAGCCCUAAUCCAAAUGAUCAGGGUUUCGAGAAAAUGAUAUCAGGACUGUAUCUUGGUGACAUCGUGAGGAGAGUCAUUCUCAGGAUGUCAAUAGAAUCGGAUAUGUUUGGCGCUAUUUCUCCCAAGCUUUCAAUGCCUUUCAGACUGACGACUCCUUUUAUGGCUGCCAUGCAUAAGGAUAAUUCUCCUGACUUGAGAGAAGUUGCAAGGAUCCUUAAUGAAACCUUUGAGAUUGGUGAUGUUCCUUUGAAGGCAAGAAAAAUUGUGGUGAAGGUGUGUGAUGUGGUGACUCGUAGAGCUGCUCGGUUAGCAGCUGCUGGUAUUGUUGGUAUCUUGAAGAAGAUUGGUAGGGAUGGCAGUGGUGGCAUCACAGGUGGACGGAGUAGAAGUGAUAUGAAAAUGAAACGAACAGUGGUGGCAAUUGAAGGAGGAUUGUAUUCUAGCUAUUCAUUAUUCAGGGAAUACUUGCGUGAAGCUUUGAACGAAAUCUUGGGGGAAGAUAUUGCUAAGCAUGUAAUUCUAAAGGUCACUGAAGAUGAUGGAUCAGGCAUUGGAGCGGCACUGCUUGCUGCCUCCUAUUCAUUCUAAAAUGUGGAUAGGCUACACCUUCUAUGAAUAUAUGCAUUUAUAAGUAUAUGUGUUUGUGUAUAUAUAUAAAUGUAUAUACAUAUAUAUAUACACAUACACGUAUAGUCCUGUAAAUCAGAAUUUGUUCUCCAUAUUAAUAUCUCUCUGUAUAAAGGAAGGUUUCGUCUAUUCUUUGACCAUGUGUUAUCUUCAUUUAUAUAAUUCUUGUUAUAUAUUUUUUUACUGAAUGUUCUUUUUUUAUGACAUUGUUCUCUUUGGAUGUAUCACUAUAGUGUUAGGAGUAAUGACUUAAGCU